ACAUUUUUGGUUUUGAUUUUGCCUCAACUGAAAACCCUCCCUCUCUCUCUCUCUCUCUCUCUCACUCACUCUCUCUCUAUACUCCAUUCCUAAACCCUCUCUCGGUCUCUCGAUCGAUAUACAUAUAAUUUGUAUGAAAAUGGAAUUCAAGUUUCGAGCCAUCGACGAGCAAGCUUCGACUUAUCUUCCUCCUCCUUCUUCUUCUUCUUCGAGCAUCAGUUACUUCACCGAGCAAGCACUCCGAGCAGGCUAUUCAGGCCCUGAUUUUGGACGCCCGGCAGAGUUCUUUCGAAACCCUAAUGAUGUGCGCGAAGCAAUUCAGCGGGAGCUUGAGAAACAGAGGAUUAGAGAAGAGAUUGUUGCAGGUGAAAUUGCGCGUAAGCGGUUGCUGGAAGCAGAAGUAAGGAGGGAGAUGUUGAUGGAGAGAGAGAUGGCGUUGCGUGGAGCUGAGAGGUUCUCAACUUUCUCGGGUUCAGCUGCCGUAUCGGCAAUGCAGUUCGAACCAAGACUGUCUCUUUUGCAUCAGUCCGAUGGUAGAUCGCUCGAGGAGAGACUGGCAUUGUCGCUCGAGGAUAGGUUGGGCUACCAGGCUCGUCGUGGGAAUGGGGGUUUCGGGACUUUUUCCUUUCAGCACAAUGCGGAACCUAAGAUUUCUGAGGUCAAAACUCCUUCAGAGGUUAGCAAAGAGAAAAUCAUUUUCCUGGGUAAGCCAGAGGAGAGUUUUUCCGGAGCAAAGCGCAAAGCUGUGACACCACCAGUGUCGGGUGGUAGUGAGCUUCCUUCGAUCAGUGGUUCAAAUAAGAAACUUAAAGAGGAGUGGAGUUGUGCACUCUGCCAUGUUAGUGCGACGAGUGAACAAGGCCUAAAUGAACACCUUCAGGGAAGGAAACACAAGGCCAGGGAGGCGGGACUCAGAGCGUUGAGGACAGGCAAGAACUAUGCAAUUGGGCUUUUCCCGAAGAAAUCUGCAAAGCCCACCAUUCAAAUUAUUGAGACCAUAGAUAAUAAGAUCUCAGAAUUACUUCCUGUUAACAAAACUGGGGAGAAGUUAUUGCAGAAAAAGUCAAAGGCGGAAGAUGUGAAGCAAAGCAAUAACUUGGCAUUGCAGGUAAUUUGUAAGGAUACCAAUGCUUCCUCAAAUCAUAAAAGUGGGAAGUUUUCAGGACAGAAAAUGCAGAAAAGUGGAGAUCACAAGAAGAAGUAUAAGUUCUGGUGUGAAAUGUGUAAGAUUGGAGCCCACUCCGAGAAAGUGAUGAAUGAUCAUAGGAAGGGAAAGAAGCAUGUGGGACGGCUUCAGGAGCUUAAUAAAAAUGCAGCUGCUCAAACGGAAAAGGCUCUGGAGAAAGAAAAAGAAGAUCCAGAAGUGGUUGUCAAAGAUGGAAAAGAAGAAGAAAUGCGGGACAACGUUGACAGAGCUGCAGAUGGUGAUGACGUGGCAGUGGAAAAUCCGGGAGCAGUAGCAGAGGGGAUGCAGCUGGUAGUGGCAUCAAUUGAUUGACGAAAGCGUUUUGAAGUGUAGAUGCCGAUGGAUGGAAAUUGAAAGAGAGCACUGUGAU